AUGUUUGAUAGAAAGACAAUCGUUUAUAUAUUUUUCAUUGUUAUUUUCAAUCAACAAUAUGAUUUAAUUCAUAGUGAAUGUCCACCUGAUUCAAUUAUUGAGCCAUGCUCAUGUGUUUUAACAAUACCAUCACAUAGUUAUUUAUUAAUUAAUGAUGUUAAUCCUGAAACAAUAUAUAUUGAAAAAAAAUCCAUUGUAUGUGAACAUAUACAUAAUUCAUUAUUUGAUUUAAAAAAACUAUUUUUCAAUCUUAAUUCAUAUAUAAAUGAUAAUGAAACAAAUUUUGAUAAUUUUCUUUUAUAUAAUACAUCUAUUAAAUAUAUACCGAAAAAUGUUUUUUAUAAUAUAACAUUUAAAAGUUUAAUGUUUCAAGAUAAUUAUUUAUUAACAACAAUUGAUGAAUAUGCAUUUUAUGAUUUUAAAGAUUAUGUUGAAAUAUUUGAAACAUUAAAUACAAAUUUAUCUGAUAGUAAUACGAUAUUUUCUAUAUUAAGACAAUUUCAAAAUUUACGUCGUGUUAGUAUGCAUAAUGAUCAUUUAACAACUAUUCCAGAUUAUGCAUUUAAUCAUACGAAUUUAACAAUUAUUUUGUUUGGUCUUGAAAAUAGACGAACAAGUCAACCAAUUCAAAGUAUUGGUCAAUAUGCUUUUUAUAAUGUACCUAAUUUAGGAUUAUUACGUAUAUUUUCACCUAAUCUAACACAAAUAAAUAAAUAUUCAUUUGCUCAACGUAUGCGAUUAUUAUCGGAUACUACAUUAUUUAUUUAUAUCGGUGGGCAAAUGUUAAAUUCAACUAGUUUUCCAUUAACAUCACUUAGUCGUUUUCGUAAUCGAAGAGUAUAUUUACGUUUAUAUUUUACAAAUUUAACAUAUUUAGAUGAAAAUAUUUUUCAACCAUUUCUUGAAAUCAAUCCAUUAUCAAUAGUUGAUAUGCAUUCAUCAAAUAUAAAUUUUCAAUGUGAUUGCCAAUCAGCAUGGAUUCAAUAUGAUUAUUUACAAACCAUUGAGGAAUUAGAAAAUCGUGUUUAUGGAUAUAAAUGUUGGUCAUAUGAUUUUUCUAAUUGCGCAUUAAAUAAACAAAAAAAAAAUAAAUGA